GCCGCCGCCGCCGCGCGCGUUCCGUUCGCCGUCGCGGCGCGCGUACGCAUCUUUCGCGGGUUUCGGGCAGUCCGCCGUUUGCGCGCGUGGCCUUUGUCCCUUUCGGCCCUUGUCGUCAGUCAGUCGUUGGCAGUGCCGAACACGACGCAACAGCCACCGCCGCUGGUGGUCUUCCGCCGUAUGCUGUCCCUUUCGCGACGGGGAGUCCUGUCCUUAAAUUUUUGUCCGUUCUUUGUCUGCUCCUUGAUACUCUAUCCUUUCUCUUGAACACGAAGCAUUUCUACACCCUUGUCCAGUCGUCAGUCAUCCCCUGUGUUGAGUGGUUGUCGUUGGAUCCUGCAUACUCUACGGCGUCCUUGUUGUUCGGUCCUCUCUUCUCUAUGACGCUCUAAGUCGUUACCGGUCCAUCAGAUUUUCAAUUCGCUGUCGUGCCCGCGUUGGUGUACUGUAGAUUUUUGUAAUCAUUAAAUUUUACGGUUAUUUGUGCCAACAUAACAUUGAACACCACAAUAAUGAUUUAUAUGAACCUGCAGUGAAAUAUCUAAACAAAUCAUGGAGCUCCAAAAUUGCUUACCGUCUAUGAAAAAUGAUUACAAAAUUAAUGAAAUGAACGACCAACAAGAAAUAAUGAAUAAUGUACAAGGAUGGAAUACAAUGCCAUCACAUGAUAUUAUGAUACCAGUGCCAAUAAAAAUCCAACCACCACUUGGAAUUUUGGAUCAAAAUAAUAUCCAAAUAAAUAAUUCUAGUCCGCAUCCAAGCGUCAUUCAUACAAGUCCCCAGACACCACAUGGCUUGCCAAUAAAUACAUAUAUUGAACCUGAAUUACCAAUAGAGCUGUUGCAACAAGGAUGGAAAAAGUUUUGGAGUAAACGUGAGAACCGACCUUAUUUUUGGAAUAAGCUGACUGGUGAAUCUCUUUGGGAGUUCCCACCUUUGAGACAGUUUGACGUAACAUCAGACCCUCUGGGAAUAACAAGUGAUGGUCAACAUAAUGGAACAAAUCCAAUGUUAUUGAAAAAAAGACCUGCAGAAGAAAUAGUUUUGGGUCCUGCGACAAAAAAAAUGAUACUAACUGGUCCAUGGGAACUUGAAAUACCUACAAAUGUUGUUAUAUUUGAGCGAUCUCCAUCCACGAUGUCUCAGCCACAUCCAGAUAUCGAGUUUUAUCGUGGAAAUUUGGUAGCAAAAUUAAGACAAUGUUACCAAGAACUGUGUCAGUCCCGAGAAAACAUCAAUGCACCAAAAGAAUCCUUCAAUCGUUGGCUUAUUGAGAGAAAAGUAGUUGAUACUGGAACUGAUCCAUUAUUACCCUCUCAGUGCUAUCCAGAAGUGUCUUUAAGAAUGUAUAACGAAAUAAUGAAUGAUAUUCCAUUGAGAUUGGCAAAGCCUAAAUAUACUGCAGAUGCUCGGAAACAGCUGUCCAUAUACGCCGAGGCAGCAAAAAAUCUCAUUGAGUCUAGAAACACACUGCAAGAGAGUAGAAAAGUUGUAAAAUGGAACACUGAAGAUACUUUGCAAUGGUUAAGGAAGACAGUGGGUGCUACAUAUGUUGAUUUCCAAGAACGGUUAAACCAUCUUAAGAUGCAAUGUCAACCACAUAUAGCUCAAACCGUCAAAGAAUCUGUGGAAGGCAUCUGCUCAAAGGUAUACCAUUUAUCUGUUGAAUAUGCUCGCAAGGUUAAAGAGAAAAAUAGUGAGCUUUUGAUUGCACAAGGAAUUACAGAAAUGCCACCAGCUCCUGCAGUAUUAACUUUACAUAAAGUUUGGUGUUAUCCUGUUCAAUUUGUUACACCUGCUCCGCGUCUUCCUCCAGUUGAAUACAUGGCCGAUAAGGAACAGACUUAUGUCCGAUUCAAUGGAGAGAGGUUACUCAUCAAUACUGUAUACCUCCAAAAGUUGGAACAAUUAUAUCGCUACAGCUGUUAUGAAGAUAAAAAAAUGGAAAACUUCAUGGCUAGAGUUUGGUGUUUGUUGAAAAGGUACCAUGUCUUGUGCUCUAACAGUCCUGAUACACAAGUAUCAGUUCCAGUGCCUAUCCUAGAAUCUCUACACAGAAAUUUUGGUGUGACAUUUGAGUGUUUUGCGUCACCUCUGAAUUGCUAUUUCCGACAGUACUGCUCAGCGUUUCCAGACACCGACGCCUAUUUUGGAUCUCGAGGUUCAAUUUUGGAUUUGAAUGCCGUAAGCGGGUCAUUUGUGGUAAAUCCUCCUAUACACUGUGAUGAUCUAAUUGAAGCAACUCUAAAUCAUAUUGAUCGAUUGUUAUCUGAAUCAAGCGAACCUCUAUCUUUCAUCAUAUUUUUGGUUGAUGGUGAUACAACAUUUGUCCAGAAACUAGACGCUAGUCAAUUCAAACGACGUCAAGUAGUUAUACCUGCAUAUGAGCAUUAUUACAGACAUGGUUUCCAGUACAGUGUACCAAAGACAGAUGUGAACAUUCGUUCUCCCACAAGCACAUUAGUUGUGUGGCUUCAAAACAAUGCUGGGUGCCAGCGAUGGAGCCCCAGCGAAGACAGGGUUGAAGCUUUGUUGGAAGCGUUCCGUCCGGGACGAGAACGUGAUCGUGACCGCCAGGAACUCCUUUCACCAACACCUAAUCCUCUGUUAGGCCCACCUCCACUUCCUGUUUAGAGUUAGUAGAUAUUGUAUACAUAAGAUAUAACUAUGUUUAUAUAUUUAGCUUAUGUGUACGUGUUUGUACAUACACAAACACAAUAGGCAAUUAUGGUGUCUAGUUUUACUCAAACUUAUAUUUUUAUGUUCAUUAUUCACCGGUGUAUAAUGUACUCUCAUUAAAUUUUAGUUUUUUUUAUACAUUUGCUUAAUGUAUAUGGUAAUAAUAUAAUUAUUGAAUUUUACUUAAUGCAAACUCUGAGCCAUAAUUGCUGUUUGAAUUUCCUUUACCUAAUGAUAAGUAUAAAAAUUUAAAAAUGUUAAAAAUAACAUUUUUGACUUUGAAAAUAUUUGUAUAUAGGUAGAUUUUUUAGUUAUCGUUUUGUUGAUUUAUCUAUUUGCUAGUAUAAGAUAAUUUAUUAUUCUGUCGUUAUCCGUCAGAAUAUAAAUUUGAAACAAAAUGUAUCAGAAUUUCGUCCAAAUAUUCAUAAUGAUUGCAAUGGAUUAUUUGCUGUUUUUAAUAUUUUUUUAUAAAAAACAACAUUUUCCUAAAGCACAUUUAAGAAUAUCGAAUUAAUGUUAUUUAGAAUUUGUAAGGGCUUAGUACUUAAGUGUUAAGUGAAAAAAAUAGAAACCUUAUAAUUUUCUCUACAUAGUUCCAAUUAAUUAACUAUUAUAAGUAUAUUGUAAUUGCAUAGUAUUCUUUACCAAGCUGUUGUCUCUUGUGAAUCUAACCAACUAAUUAGACAACAAUAAUUCAUUGUUACUCCAAAUUUAUAAUUAACUAAGUAUAAAAGUAUUUUUUUCUCUGUGUAAUCGCUUAGUUGCGCACAAACGUACUUUAAUGAUAUUAUAUUUAUUGAUCGUCAUUAGCGGACUUACAUCAGUACUUAAGUGUUUUAUUAUUAAUUUCAAUGUUUAACGUAACUCUUAUAUUAUCAUUAUUGCAUUAAGGAGUCUUAAUUUUAUACAUAAAUGUUACAGAGCAUGAACAUCAUAGUUCUCUAUCUUUUAAACCUUUUUUUUUAUUUUUAUCCCCUAUAGCUAUUAUGUUAGCUGCUUAUUAUUGUCAAAUAUAUUACAGUUAUUAUUUUUCUUUGAAUUUUACCAAUUUAACACUUCCAUUAAUAACCAAUAAUCUUAAGUAGCUUACCAAAGUUUUGAUUGUUCUUUAAUUCAUAUAUACUGCUGUUUCACAUUGAUUGUGUUUUGUCUUUGUGGGUAGUAGUACAGUAGAUGUAUUUAAUAUUAUAUUAUAUGUAUAAUGAUAAUAAUUGUAUGUUACUGUUAAAAAAAAAAAAUUAGUGAGUAAGAUACAUUUAGUUUAUUUUAAAAAGUGUAAUAUUAUUGUACUUUGUUAUGUCUUUAAGCUAUUUGUUAGAUAAUUAAACUUUUUUUUUUUUAAUUAUUCCUUUUUUGCAAUUGAAAAAUAUUAUAUAGUAUUAUUGUUUGAAAAUAUUUUAUGUUGUUUCAAGUUUUCAGUAUCAAGUUUGAUCGUUGUAAACUAGUUAAAAUUCUUAAAUAUGUUUUUUUAUUUUCGUGUUGCAACGGUGCAGCAGUGGGUUCUAACGAUUUUAAGAGUUCUGUGGUUAUAUACUGAAGUAAAUAAGAUAAACCAGUUUCAUUACUUGAUGACAAAUUUGUCUCUAAUCCUUGACUUAUAAUUUAAAAUUUGUCAGAACCCACGCCUCACCCUGUACUUAUUUCAUUAAUAAAAUAGUUUGACAAUGUAUCUAUGGUUUGAUCAUGAUUUAAGAUAAAAUGGUUGAACAACAAGUAGAGAUAAUUGAUUUUAAUGCAUUGUAAAAAAAUUAAUUUCUAAGAAUUAUCAAAUACUGUAAACAUAGUAUGUUAAAUUACUCAGGUUAUAUUAUGAUUUAAUAUUACUGUCAAUCCGGGCUGAGUAGUCUUAUUGUGUACUUUUUUUUGUUUUAUCAUUAUUGUAUAACAAACUAUUGUUUGUACCUAGUGCGAUUUUUAUUUGAUUUAAUGGUAUCGAAUUUAAACAUGCAGUGGUUUGAGCGCGUAUUACAUUAUUUUGUUUUUGUGAUUUUUACAUAAAUAUUAUAUAUUAUAUAAAACUAUUAUUUUUAAGUUAUUGUACCGUAAAUAUGAAUACUAUUCACUUGUUUUCUCAUCAGUA